CCUACACCAUCACAAAACCUCUUCUUCUCAUAAUAAUCUUGCUUUCCAUCGUCCCAUUUUCCAUAUAAUUCCCGAAAUACCCCGUCAUGUCUGAAGAGAGGCACCACCGUGGCCUCUUCCACCACAAGAAGGAUGAAGACAGACCCAUUGAAACCUCAGACUACCCUCAGUCUGGUUACUCUGAUGAAGGACGUCCCGGCGGCGUUGGUGGCUAUGGCGUCACUGCCACUCAUGAAUCUGAAAUUGACUACAAGAAGGAGGAGAAGCACCACAAGCAUCUUGAGCACCUAGGCGAGGCCGGGGUUGCUGCUGGUGGUGUUUUUGCCCUGCAUGAGAAGCACAGAAAGAAAGACCCAGAGCAUGCCCACAGGCACAAGAUAGAGGAGGAGAUUGCUGCAGCAGCUGCAGUUGGGUCUGGUGGGUUUGCCUUCCAUGAGCAUCAUGAGAAGAAAGAGACAAAGGAAGAAGUGGAAGAGUCUCAUGGAAAGAAGCACCACCAUCUCAUCUAAAUCUACAAAUAAAUACUAUAUUUUAUAGUUAUCCAUUGUGUUUUUACUUAUCUGCGAUGAGUGAUGUUUGAUCUCAACGAUGUUAUAAUUGUUGAGUGCUAAUGUGUGUUUGUUAUAAGAGUGCGCCAUCUGGUUUCCUUUUAGCACGCUAUGUAUCUAUCUGUUUCUCAUUGUUAAUAAUAAAUAAUAUCGUUUACUUGGUGUUAAUUUCUA